CGCCAUGGCGGAGCUGGCGGUGGAGGAGCUCGCUCAGCUCGAGUACCUGUCGCUCGUGUCCAAGGUGUGCACGGAGCUGGACAAUCACCUGGGCAUCAACGACAAGGACCUGGCCGAGUUUGUGAUAAGUCUCGCGGAGAAAAAUACCACGUUUGAGACGUUUAAAGCAGUUCUGCUGAAGAAUGGCGCUGAGUUUACUGAUUCCCUUAUUAGUAACUUGCUCCGUCUCAUACAGACCAUGCGGCCCCCACCAAAAUCCUCUAUGAGCAAAGACACAGUUGUCAAACCCAAGUCAGAGAAGGAGAAGCUGAAGGAAUUGUUUCCAGCUCUUUGCAGGCCAGACAAUCCCAAUAUCAGGACUAUGCUAGAUGAAGAUGAUGUAAAAGUGGCAGCUGAUGCCCUUAAAGAACUUGAAGCUCUGAUGCCCAGUGCAGACAGGCAAGGCAAGCAGAGGAGCAGUGACCACCGGGCAAAGAAGAAGAGGAGGAGCCGGAGUCGUAGCAGGGACAGGAGGCGAAGGCACAGAUCUCGCUCUAGGUCUCGUUCCAGAACUCGGGAUAGGAACAGGGGAAAAUCCAGAUACCGGUCAAGGAGCAGAACUUGGAGUCCAAGUAGGGACCAUAAAGAUCGAGACAGAUACGUUGAGAGGAGCAAUGAGAGAUGGAGAGACAAGCACAUUGACCAUCCCCCACCUGAGGAGCCUGCCAUUGGAGACAUCUACAAUGGCAAAGUCACAAGUAUAAUGCAAUUUGGAUGUUUUGUGCAACUGGAAGGACUAAGGAAGCGUUGGGAGGGCUUGGUCCACAUCUCAGAGCUUCGAAGAGAAGGACGUGUUGCCAAUGUUGCUGAUGUGGUGAGCAAAGGACAAAGAGUAAAAGUUAAAGUCUUAUCCUUUACUGGAUCCAAAACCAGCCUGAGCAUGAAGGAUGUUGAUCAAGACACUGGGGAAGACUUGAAUCCAAACCGGAGGAGAAACCUGGUUGGAGAAACUAAUGAAGAAACAUCUAUGAGAAACCCAGACAGACCCAGUCACCUGUCCCUGGUGAAUGCCCCAGAGGUGGAGGAUGACAGCCUUGAACGGAAGCGCCUCACCCGGAUUUCAGACCCAGAGAAAUGGGAAAUAAAACAGAUGAUUGCAGCUAAUGUGCUUUCCAAGGAAGAGUUUCCUGAUUUUGAUGAGGAGACUGGGAUUCUUCCUAAAGUUGAUGAUGAAGAAGAUGAAGACCUGGAGAUUGAAUUAGUUGAAGAAGAGCCACCGUUCCUUCGAGGUCAUACUAAACAGAGCAUGGAUAUGAGUCCUAUCAAGAUAGUAAAGAAUCCGGAUGGUUCCUUGUCCCAGGCUGCAAUGAUGCAGAGUGCCUUAGCUAAAGAAAGACGAGAACUUAAACAAGCCCAGAGAGAAGCAGAGAUGGAUUCCAUCCCCAUGGGGCUCAACACACACUGGGUGGAUCCUCUCCCUGAUGUGGAUGGAAGACAAAUUGCUGCAAACAUGCGAGGUAUUGGAAUGAUGCCCAAUGAUAUCCCAGAGUGGAAGAAACAUGCAUUUGGUGGUAACAAAGCUUCUUAUGGUAAGAAGACCCAACUUUCCAUCAUUGAGCAGAGAGAGAGUCUCCCAAUCUUCAGACUGAAGGAGCAGCUGAUACAAGCUGUGCAUGACAACCAGAUCUUGAUUGUUAUUGGAGAGACAGGAUCUGGGAAAACAACCCAGAUCACCCAGUACCUGGCGGAGGCAGGGUAUACAUCAAGAGGAAAGAUUGGAUGUACUCAGCCUCGCAGAGUGGCUGCAAUGUCUGUUGCGAAGAGGGUGUCAGAGGAAUUUGGUUGCUGCUUGGGACAAGAGGUUGGCUACACCAUUCGAUUUGAAGACUGCACUAGCCCUGAAACUGUUAUCAAAUACAUGACAGAUGGUAUGUUACUGAGGGAGUGUUUGAUAGAUCCUGAUCUGACCCAGUAUGCCAUUAUCAUGUUGGAUGAAGCCCACGAGAGGACCAUACACACAGAUGUACUCUUUGGACUCCUGAAGAAGACAGUGCAGAAGCGGCAGGAUAUGAAGCUGAUUGUGACAUCAGCAACAUUGGAUGCUGUGAAGUUCUCUCAGUACUUCUAUGAAGCACCAAUCUUCACCAUUCCUGGCAGAACGUACCCAGUGGAAAUCUUGUACACAAAAGAGCCAGAGACAGAUUAUUUGGAUGCCAGUUUGAUUACAGUAAUGCAGAUCCAUUUGACAGAGCCCCCAGGUGACAUUUUGGUGUUUCUGACUGGUCAGGAAGAGAUUGACACUGCCUGUGAAAUCCUCUAUGAGAGGAUGAAAUCCCUAGGACCUGAUGUUCCAGAGUUAAUUAUCCUUCCAGUCUAUUCAGCUUUACCCAGUGAAAUGCAGACCAGGAUCUUUGACCCUGCCCCACCAGGAAGCAGAAAGGUUGUCAUUGCCACUAAUAUAGCUGAGACAUCUUUGACUAUUGAUGGAAUAUAUUACGUCGUUGAUCCUGGCUUUGUGAAGCAGAAGGUUUAUAACUCCAAGACUGGAAUUGACCAGCUGGUUGUUACACCAAUCUCACAGGCUCAAGCAAAGCAGCGAGCAGGAAGGGCUGGGAGAACAGGACCAGGAAAAUGCUAUAGGCUAUAUACAGAGCGUGCUUACCGAGAUGAAAUGCUAACCACCAAUGUGCCUGAAAUCCAGAGAACAAAUUUGGCCAGUACAGUACUUUCCCUGAAGGCCAUGGGAAUCAAUGAUUUGCUCUCCUUUGACUUUAUGGAUGCUCCCCCAAUGGAAACUCUCAUAACCGCCAUGGAGCAGCUGUACACUCUGGGAGCUCUGGAUGAUGAGGGACUGCUCACUCGACUUGGGCGCAGGAUGGCGGAAUUCCCCUUGGAGCCUAUGCUGUGUAAGAUGUUGAUCAUGUCUGUACAUCUGGGAUGCAGCGAAGAGAUGUUGACAAUAGUCUCCAUGCUGUCUGUACAGAACGUGUUCUACCGGCCAAAGGAUAAACAAGCACUUGCUGAUCAAAAGAAAGCCAAGUUCCAUCAGACAGAAGGUGACCACCUCACUCUACUGGCUGUCUACAAUUCCUGGAAGAAUAAUAAGUUUUCAAAUCCCUGGUGCUAUGAAAACUUUAUCCAGGCCCGAUCCUUACGCAGAGCCCAGGACAUCCGCAAGCAGAUGCUGGGCAUUAUGGACAGGCACAAGCUGGAUGUGGUAUCCUGUGGCAAGGCAACAGUUCGGGUCCAGAAAGCCAUCUGUAGUGGCUUCUUCCGAAAUGCAGCAAAGAAGGAUCCCCAGGAAGGCUAUCGGACACUAAUUGAUCAACAAGUAGUCUAUAUCCACCCAUCCAGUGCUCUCUUCAACAGGCAGCCAGAAUGGGUGGUGUAUCAUGAGCUGGUGCUGACCACCAAGGAGUAUAUGCGUGAAGUGACAACUAUUGAUCCUCGCUGGCUGGUGGAAUUUGCACCAGCUUUCUUCAAGGUUUCUGAUCCAACCAAGCUGAGUAAGCAGAAAAAGCAGCAGCGACUGGAACCUCUCUACAACCGCUACGAGGAGCCCAAUGCCUGGAGGAUAUCACGGGCAUUCAGGCGGCGAUGAGCCUGCUUCCCUCAGGAACUCUCACUGUGACUUCUGUACUGUUGCAAAGAGUCCUGAAAGGAUGGACCUUGGGUUGAAGCUUAAUUCCAACACGAACAGGAAACAAGUCUUUUCAGAGCAAAAGCACAAGGGGGCGAUGUGUGUUAAUGUCAACAGUUAAUGUCAGAUUCCCUAGCUGAUAUCAGUGUUGUGAAGUGGUCCUUGAACCAUUGUUCCUUAAUCAUUCUCCUUUUAAGAGAGAAAACCCCAGGAGUCUGCAAUCUGGGUGAUGAGCUGAGCAACAGCAAAAGGAUAAUGAGCAGAAAAUAGUUGUUCUCCAGCCUGUGUUCUGAAUGAGCAGAAAAAUGUGGGCUGGAAUAGUUUAUUUCUGUACCCUGCACAAAGGGAUUUAUAUCUACUCACACUCUUAUACAGUGGCUGGUUUGGAGGAGCUGCUUGGUCUCCAUUUUUCCUGUUUUAUGCAUUUUCCUGUUCACUGUAACUGUCUCUUAUGCAAGCCGUCUGUGGUGAGAUAUUUAGUAUCUGUGGCUUUGGGAUAAGGCAGAAACGAUCCCUUGAAACCCAGCUAGGAUGUCAGUCAUACUUGGCCAAUGGCACAGGUCAGACUGCAGGUCUUAUCCUUCAUCACCAUCUUCUGUGUGCUGGAGGCUGAUGUAUUGAGCAGUAAUUAACCACAUCUACUCUGCAGCACGGCUCUGUCUGUGAGCAUAAGUGCUUACAGAUGUCUCGCCUUUCUCUACAAUGCCUUGUGUUUUAUUUCCACUUGCAGGGCUCGGUGACUUCACAACUGUUGGCUUUUUGACUACAAUGUGCUCUUACAGCUCACUUGUCUAUGAAACCAGUGUGUGCUGUGGCUGCUGAUCCAUCUGUGAAUUACUGUUCCUGUUGGGAGCAGAUGAAACUUAACUUGACUUCAGAGCUGCAGAUUUGACCCAAUCUUUAUUUUUCUCCUUUCUAAAGCUGGGCCAUUUGCUAAAAUCAUUGGUGAGUAGAUUCUACACUCUGUGGAUUGGAGAAUGUUUCACAUUAACAAAUAGUUCAGUUGGAAACCUGUGUACAGAGGUGGGCAGGAAUGUUGUAUAUACUGGUUUAUUACGUUGUAUAAAUGCCCUGAGCUUUUUCAUGCUUUUAGAUCUUCAUAAAGUUAAAUAGAACUAGAAAGUUAUUCUGC